UAUGGAGGGUAAGAGGCGGUGCUAGGACACAGUGUUAGGACAAAUGUUGAACCUAUUUAGAGGGAGGUCAAUGAAGCGCUGAGGCACUUUGGUUUGGUGCUAGUCAAGAUGAAGUGGUACGCUCUUCUCUUGGCUCUGCUGCUGUCUCUGAGAUGCUCAGGCAUCCCACUGUACAGCUCAGAGCUGGAGUCUAUGGCAGACAGAGGUCUGGGAGCAGCUCUGGCAGAGGUCAACUCCAGAUAUGCUGUCAGCCAUCUUUACCGGGUGACUCGAGCCUCUGUCACAGGGGUUAUUCCCAUGGACCUGAACACCGUUGACCUGCUGAUCAUGUUUGGCAUUAAAGAGACAGAGUGUGCGAAGGCUUCCAGGAGCGACCUGCAGACAUGUGCCUUCAGACCGGGCUUCUUUGUGCCCUCCUUCUCCUGCUCCAGUCGGGUGAAAAUGUCCACCACCUCAGCCCAGGUUGUCUCCCUCAGGUGUGGCCACGACAGCAGCUCCAGCUCAGAGUCCAGUGAGGAGAUGUUCUCAAGAGGGAGACACCAGUUCAACAAUCCACCUGCAAACAGACACCGGGCUCCUCCUGCUCCUCCUCCAACUCCUCCACCCGUCCAGUCAGGUCGUUCCCUCCACAGCCAGGCAGGGGAAGUGCAGCCCAGAGGAGACACUUUCAGCAACUUCCUGGUGUGAAGGUUCAGCUCGCUCUGGAAACAUUUAGGUGCUGAUCAGAAAACAAACUUGAAUUAAAAACAGAAUUUUCAUA